AUGCCUCUCAUACUCCCACGAUGUCUCCGAGGCGAAGCCUUGGAGUGGCUUACCGGCCUAGAGCCCGACACUGUCCAAGCUAUGAAUGACGGCUUAUUCUGCUGGGAAACCGAACUAUUAAAGCAUUUUGGGAAAUCAAGACAGCAAGCCUUGCAAGAAGCUCUAUUUCUGCGGUACCGAUUCUCCAAUCGCAACAGCCUAUCCAUAUCCUCCUACUUCACCCGGAAAAUCGCCCUCCUGCGCGAAGCAGGAAUCGCAGAUCAAAUCCAACUUGUCCAGCAUCUAUAUGACGGCCUUGAAGCACAGCUCCAAGGUUAUAACAACCAACGUCGCGAUGACCGAAGCAAAUGGAGAAGACCCUAUAAGGAAGGCCAAAAUCAAAACCAAAACCGAGCCUUCCACGCUGUCCAGGAUGACAUGUCAGCCCAUGAAGAAGACAUUGAUGAAGAUGCCAUUGAACCACGCAAUGAUACCGCAUCUGAAUCAGACGCUCCUUCUAGCUCAAAAAACGAUUAG